CAUUAUCAACUCCUCCCAUCAGUGGCUGCUUGGGUUGUUUGCGUAUCUUGGCUAUUGUAAAUAAUGCUGCGAUAAACAUGGUGGGGGAGAGGUGUAGGGCAGGAUAUCUUUUUGAAUUAGUGUUUUCCUUCAAGAAACGGUCCAUACUGCUUUCCAUAGUGGCUGCACCAAUUUACAUUCCUAAGGUCGCUGAGUGCCCCGAGCCGGGCUCACAGCGCGCCUCGCCCGGACCGGAGCCCAAAACCGAGCAGGCAGCUCCCCGCAGCAGAGCCGGGCACAAACGCCGCGCCGCCCGCGGCGCCGAGGGUAAGGACGGAGACCCCAGCGCCCCGGCGGCGGCGGCCGCGCUCGGGGACAGCGGCCGCCACUACUCCUCCCCGCGGAGCAGCCCCGGGAGAAGGCCCUGCAGCAACUCUGCUGCCAGCGCUCCCCGAGCCGAAGGGCGGGUGGGCGCCGGGCCCCUGAUCCCGCUCCGGUUCUGCCCAGCUAAGUCCCGCCUCCGGGGCCCCGCAAGGCUGCAGGGUCGCCCUCCGCCGCACGGGGGCAGCACUGCGUGCGGCCGCGGCGACGACGUCCCGGUGCCCCUCUUAGCGGCGGCGGGUCGCGGCGCGGCGCUGCCAUGUUGGCGGAAGCGGCGUCCCCUGUGCGGUGCGGUCAGCGGUGCCCGAACGCGCGUCCCUGGGCUUGGCCUGCGGCUCCGCGUCGCUCGCGUCUCCGCGCUCACAGGAGCGGCCGGCGAAUGGAGAGAAGCAGGAUGAACCUGCCGCGGGGCCCGGACACGCUGUGCUUCGACAAGGACGAGUUCACGAAGGAAGAUUUCGAUGUGGAUCAUUUUGUAUCUGACUGCAGGAAGCAUGUCCAACUGGAAGAACUGCGAGACGACCUGGAACUCUACUAUAAGCUUCUUAAGACCGCCAUGGUCGAACUCAUCAACAAGGACUAUGCAGAUUUCGUCAACCUUUCAACAAACUUGAGUCUUAGGUCAUCCGUCAGUGAAGGAAUCCGUGCAGUAGAUGAACGAAUGUCUAAACAAGUGGACAUUAGGGAAAAAAAGAUGUGUGUAUUGAGGCUUAUCCAAGUUAUUCGAUCAGUUGAGAAAAUUGAAAAAAUCUUAAAUUCUCAAAGGUCUAAGGAAACAUCUGCCCUAGAAGUAAGCAGGCCACUUUUGACUGGACAGAUUUUGGAGAGAAUUGCCACAGAAUUUAACCAGUUACAGUUUCACGCUAUUCAAAGCAAAGGCAUGCCUCUUUUGGACACAGUAAGACCACGUAUAGCUGGUAUAACAGCCAUGUUACAACAGUCGCUGGAAGGCCUCCUAUUAGAAGGGCUUCAGACCUCCAACGUUGAUAUAAUACGGCACUGCUUACGGACCUAUGCCACAAUUGACAAGACACGGGACGCAGAGGCCUUACUUGGUCAGGUGCUAGUGAAACCAUAUGUGGAUGAGGUGAUCGUAGAGCACGUCGUCAUGUCCCAGCCGGGUGGCCUCCAGAUCAUGUACAAUAAACUCCUGGCGUUUGUUCCUCACCACUGCCGCCUUCUCCGAGGAGUCACAGGCGGAUCCAUCUCCAGUGAAAAAGACAGUACUGUUCCUGGAUAUGAUUUUUUGGUGAAUUCUGUCUGGCCAGAAAUAGUACAAGGAUUAGAAGAUAAAUUACCCUCACUUUUUAAUCCUGGAGAUCCUGAUGCAUUUCAUGAGAAAUACACUAUAAGUAUGGAUUUUGUAAGAACAUUUGAACGGCAGUGUGGAUCACAGGCCAGUGUAAAAAGAUUAAGAGCACAUCCCGCCUACAACAGCUUCAAUAAUAAGUGGAACUUGCCUGUUUAUUUUCAAAUAAGGUUUAGAGAAAUAGCGGGAUCCUUAGAGGCAGCACUCACAGAUGUACUGGAAGACGCUCCAGCCGGAAGUUCGUAUUGCCUCUUGGCAUCUCACAGAACAUGGAGCAGCCUCCAGAGGUGCUGGUCAGAUCAGAUGUUCCUGCCGCUGCUGGCGCCCCGUCUGUGGAGGCUCACGCUGCAGAUCGUGGCGCGGUUCUCGGUGUUUGUCGGCGGGCUUUUACUCAGGCCCAUCUCUACUGAAAAUGCUAAGGACAUUAAAAAGGCUUUGGUAACUGGCAGCAAAGACCCUUCUGUCACCCAAGGAAACAGUGAAGACCAGGGAAGCAGCCCUUCUGAGACAAAACCUGUAGUUUCCAUUUCCAGCACUCAGCUGGUGUACGUGGCCGCAGACCUGAUCAAGCUCCAGGAGCAGCUUCCAGAACUCUUGGAAACAAUCAAGCCAAAACUUGAAACGAUUGGCUUUAAGAAUUUUUCUUCUAUCUCAGCGGCCCUGGAGGACUCGCGGGCGGCUCUGUCAGCCUGUGCACCUGCCCUGAGCGGCAGGAUCAUCCGGGACUUGAGUGAGUCUUGCUUCAGUUUUCUGAAAAGCGCCCUGGAGGUUCCCAGGCUUUACCGAAGAACCAAUAAGGAGGUGCCGACCGCAGCUUCCGCUUACGUGGACAGUGCUCUGAAGCCACUUUACCAGCUUCAGAGUGCACACCAGGACAAGCUCAAACAAGCAGUGAUUCAGCAGUGGUUACAAGGUGCUCUCUCUGAGAGCACGCAUAAGUACCACGAGACCGUGUCCGACGUUCUCAGCGCUGUGCGGAGAAUGGAGGAGAGCCUGAAAAGGCUGAAGCACGCCAGGAGGCCCGCGCCCGCCGCCCCCGCCGGCCCCCGUGCGGGCAGCAUGAGCGAUGACGACAAGAUCAGGCUGCAGCUGGCCUUGGAUGUCGCGCACCUAGGAGAGCAGAUACAGAAGUUGGGCCUGCAGACAGAGGACGUGCCGAGCUUCGCGGCACUCUCCGAGCUCGUGGCCGCAGCCCAGGAGCAGGCGGGGGCAGAGCAGCCUUAGGAGGCGGCGGCUGGAGAUGUGGGAUGUCACCUCCCUGGCCAUGCCGCCCGAGCAGCUGGGCGGCCACAGUGAGGACGCCCCUCCCCAAGGCAGAGCCACCGCGCUCACCAGCUUGCUGGCAGCCCAGGGGUGGCCCAGUCUCCGGCAGGUGUUCAGGAGCAGACCUCAGACCUGGGUCAGGAGCCAGACCAGCAGGGAAGAUUUAUUUCAUAAAUAAAGGGAGUGUCUGCUGAACACA